CUCCGCGCAACAUGCCGCUCGGCGCUACCGCGAACUUAUACCGCUCUCGUAAUAUCUAAACGAUAUCCCCCACAAAAGUACAAUGACUUAUCAUCACGCUCCAAACUUCAUCCCGGCCACCUCCACGGGAUUCCAAACAAAGUUUCCCAAUAAACAUAGAUAGGAAAUGAACUUUUGUACUUAGUUUGUAAUGUUUCAGUGAUUGUAGUGAUAAAGACCCACUUAAGUGAAGUUACAAUAGCAUUUGAAGAAUCUCAUUUCAUUGUUGUUGAGAAUGGGCAAUAAAUUGGACUGUCACCUGGACUGACGUGGACGAGCGCCAAGAGCGCGAAGUGAAAAUGUCGGGCAACGGGAGCGACCUCUCCGGCCUCGACGUGGCGUACUGCGUGCCGGGCGGCCAGGUGUUCCAGAGCAUGUACACGCAAGUGCACGGCUACAUCGCACUCGUCAUCUGCCUCCUGGGCUCCGCCGCCAACUCCGUCAACAUCGCCGUCCUCAGCCGCAAGGAAAUGGCCUCCUCCACCAACACAAUCCUCACAGGACUCGCUGUCGCAGACCUCCUAGUCAUGCUUGACUACAUACCAUUCGCACUUCACCUAUACACGGGAAUCAGCUCAGAAUACAACAAAAACUCAUACGGGUGGGCCGUCUUCGUCUACUUCCAUUCCAUAUUCAGCCAAACCUUCCACACUAUUUCCAUCUGGCUGACCAUCACUCUCGCCAUUUGGAGGUACAUCGCGAUAAAAUUCCCCCAAAAGAACAGGACGUUGUGCAAUCAAAAGAACACUAACAUAGCAAUAGGUGUGGCUUAUGCCGUGUGUCCAAUACUGUGUCUUCCCAUUUACUUUGCUAUGAACAUCCAAGAGUUGAAAUUGAAUGCGAAUGUGAAUGAAACUAUGAGUGAUUUAGAUGUAGUGAACUCUACCUCGAGUGGAGACAGUGAGCGUGCAUACGCUAUACAAAUGACUGAUAACAAAGAUUUGUUGACUGCUAUAUUCUGGAUUUACAGUGUAUUUAUUAAACUUAUACCGUGUGUAGUGUUAUCCAUUUUAAGCGUGUUAUUGAUAUUGAAAAUGAAGUCAAGUGAUAGAAGAAGACAAAAGCUUCUGAAGAAAUCAGCCAUCACAACCAAUGAGGGAGAGAAAACCCGGUUGAACGAGGACGGUGGCAAGCGAGGCGGCGGCGGGCGCACUGACCGGACCACGAGGAUGCUGGUGGCUCUACUAGGGCUGUUCCUUGCUACGGAACUGCCUCAGGCCCUCUUCGGGUUGCUCACAGCCAUCGCACCUCACUUGUUCCAGAUCUGUUACUAUGCUUUUGGCGAGGUGAUGGACCUGAUGGCGCUAGUGGGCUCGGCGGUGAACUUCGUCCUGUACUGCAGCAUGAGCAGGCAGUUCCGGCAGACCUUCACGCGGCUGGCAAGGAAGGUGCUCCCCUUGCCGAGGGCCAACGGAGACCCCCUCGUACCACUGAAGGCGUAGCGAUCGCAACUAGCGACCACUUCGGUUGCUCACCUCUAGGCGUGAAGUGGCUUGACUAUCGAAUUUGGACAGUAGCCAUAAUCUUAGUGUUCAUAAUUGUUUGUGAUAGAACUGACAUGGACAGUGAUAAUGUGUUAGAAUAAUUUGUUUACUAACUGCUGUGAUUCGUUGAUGAGCCAAACAACCACAGCAGUUACAUAUUUGAUGUCACAGUAGGAUUAUCUUGUAUAGUAUCCGAAAACCGGGCAAGAGCGUUUAUCAUAAUAAUUAUGUAUGUCAUACAUCGAUGGAAUAUCCUUUCAGUAAUGAGAUAAGAUUAAACGGGAAUAUGGAAAGCUGUUUUCUCUUCUGAGCUAUAUUUUUGAAUCAUAUCCGCUGGCGAGAGGUUCGCGGCUGCUUGGAAGCUUAGUCACGUGGCAAGAUAAAUUUCGGGAUGCUCGGCUAACAGACUUUACGAAUUUGCACUCGAACUUUGCGUUUUGAUAACCCAGUUGGGUUUGGGUAAACACUUUAUUGUAAAAGUACUCAUAAUUCUCGGAAGCUGAAAUACUGUGAAAGUUUGUCUUGAAUUAUGUUUAUUUUGCGUUCAAACUAAAAGUAAAAUAAUUAAGUACAACUGCGGCAGCUUUGGUUUCUACGAAAUAAGGUAGGUACAUUUAGUACAACUUAAUUUCUUAGGUAGAUUUAUAAAAUGGGUGCUUUUAAUGAAAAGUACUUGAAUGGGCGAAAUUGGUUGAAAUUUAGGGUAAUUAAGGUGAACAAAGCGAAACAAUUGCCUCUCUUCAUUAAUAAUUAUAAGUGAGAACAGAAUAUAACUUAAAAUCUUGCUGCGCUGGAUGAAAGAAAAUAAAUUGUACCGCAACAAUGUUGUUCUCAAAUCCUAAACUAAAGAAUUUCACAGUCUUCAAUGCGAUUCAUAUUCAUUGUGAUCGAAGGGUAGAUAGAUAUAUAUCUACUUCAUCUGCAUGAGAAUACUGAAACAAAUGAGCUCUGGGUUAUUGAAAGCGGUGUUCAUUCCGCUUGCACACUAGCUUAAAACGCUUUUCUAUUCGUCCGUGUCGGUAUCACGAACACUGUAGCUACUGGCACUCGCAUUCAUGAUUUGAAUAUGCAAAUCAAUAUGGAGUUAUGAGUCUCAAUCACGAUACACAGAGCGGCUGAAAUCAGAGGAUUUUAGAAAAAAUAAAGCAUUAUUUAAAUUUUGCAGACAAUUUGUUUGUAUUGUUCGAAAGUUCAAUGUCCUAUGCGAUAUUUUCACAUAAUAUGAAGACAGCGAUUGCUCCAAAGAAUAUCGUAUUUCUAAUUCUUUGGAUUGGAUAUGGCUGACUUGGUAACUUAAAUCAGCUAUUCGUAAUUAGUAAGUAGCGGAAAAAAUAGCGAGUCAAUUGGUAACACUUUUUACCUAUAUGAAUUGUGCUUAGAUAUCUUUGUUAACAUUCAGAAUGUAGCGAAUACUUAAAAAAAGUUUACGAAUCUAAUGAAGUAGACUGACUCUACUGGACUCUACGCAUGUUACGUCACACGUUAUUAAGUGUUCACUCGUACUUAACGGACUACUAAGUCUAAGUAAAUUCACACAAGUUCUGUUUCACUUUGCAUAGUGUUAGACUAUCAGAUCCCUUUCGAUCAGUCUCGUUUGUAAGGCACAGUCGGGUCUAGUUCGAGAUUGGGCUUAAACUUUUCAAGGGGACGCAAGCGGUGAAUUCGAGUAUUUCAAUUAGUAAACUUCGGUUUUCGGGCAGACAUGUCGAGGCACCUUUAUCGAAAAGUUACAGCUACUUUCGGGCCUGCAUCAAAUUCGUUCUGAGAAUUGAUUUGAGAGGGAUUCAGCCAACAAAACGCUCUAUAGUAGGUACAUGAUGAAGUUUCACAAAGUUAUACCAAAAUUUAGGACUUAAUCUAUAUUGUAAUUAGCAUGCAACACACUAGAAUAAUCAUCAGUAAGUUCAUCACCAUCUAAGGAUUCCCAAAGACGUGAUUUGAAGGUUUUUACACAGUAGUAAUAACUAUUGUCGUUAGUAAAAGGUUUGUUAAAAUAGGUUUAUUAAAAAUAUGAGUUAUCGUAGAUCCAUCAUUUCAAGAGAAAAUAAUAUAGAUACUUAAUUCGUUAUUAAAUUAAGAGCUGAAGUCAUAGAUACAUUUCAUAAAAGAUUGAAAAGACUUUUGUGAGAUUAAAUUGAAGAGUAAUUAUAGUAAGUAUAAAGAUUUUUUGGGAACGAGAAAGGACAAUGGGCAAAAUGGUACCCGGCUCCAAUAGAUAAGCCUCUAAUGUCGUUUGAAAGGUCUUA